GGCUCUGGCCGUAGCGCUGAAAAACUUGUUGUUGUCUGGGAAAAUGGCGUCAAACGUAGAGGCCCCGGAGCGUUGGUACCUCGCCCUCCUCGGCUUUGCGGAACAUUUCCGAACCUCCAGUCCACCGAAAAUACGGCUGUGCGUACACUGUCUACAGGCCGUGUUUCAGUUCAAGCCUCCGCAGAGGAUCGAAGCUCGGACGCAUCUCCAGCUGGGCUCGGUUCUCUACCAUCACACCAAGAACAGCGAGCUGGCCCGCAGCCACCUAGAGAAAGCGUGGUUUAUAUCUCAACAACUUCCUCAGUUCGAAGAUGUCAAAUUUGAAGCUGCGAGUAUUCUGUCGGAACUAUUUUGCCAACAGAAUUUGGUGGACUCUGCAAAGCCCCUGCUGCGUAAAGCCAUUCAGAUUUCCCAGCAAACACCAUACUGGCACUGCAGACUGCUGUUCCAGUUAGCGCAACUUCAUACUCUGGAGAAAGACCUGGUGUCAGCAUGUGACCUUCUGGGAGUUGGGGCUGAGUAUGCCCGAGUCGUGGGUUCAGAAUAUACCAGGGCUUUGUUUCUUCUUAGUAAAGGCAUGUUGCUGCUAAUGGAGAGGAAGCUUGGCGAGGUGCAUCCUCUUCUCACACUGUGUGGAACUAUAGUAGAAAACUGGCAGGGAAACCCCAUCCAGAAGGAAUCGCUGAGAGUCUUCUUCCUGGUACUACAAGUCACACACUACCUGGAUGCUGGACAGGUAAAAAGCGUGAAGCCGUGUCUGAAGCAGCUGCAGCAGUGCAUUCAGACUAUCUCUACACUCCAAGAUGAUGAGAUUUUACCCACCAACCCAGCUGACCUCUUCCACUGGCUGCCCAAGGAGCACAUGUGUGUCCUCGUAUAUCUGGUGACAGUCAUGCACUCCAUGCAGGCGGGCUACUUGGAGAAAGCCCAGAAGUACACAGACAAGGCUCUUAUGCAACUGGAGAAACUCAAAAUGUUGGACUGCAGCCCCAUCCUGUCUACCUUCCAAGUCAUUCUGCUGGAGCACAUCAUCAUGUGCCGACUCGUCACGGGCCACAAGGCCACGGCAUUGCAGGAGGUACGUUGUUUCUAUUCCUGUCACCAUCCCUGCAGUUUAUAUUUAAAUACGUGCCAUCUUAAAAAAAAAAGGCUCAUAUGGAACAUUUGAAGCUCAGUUAGUUCUUUGUGACUUGAAGAAGUUUUAAGUUUUUCCAGCUUCUAACCAGAAAAAACUCACCUUUAUAAACAAACUGAAACAUUUUAAAAGGAAAUGAAAAACAGGGGGAAAUAAUAAUAAUGAUGUGUUUGCACACCUUAAUGAAGACUGUGCUGAGAAUUAACCACUACAUCUGAACUCAAAAUACACAGGAGCCAUUUCAGCUGGCUAUGAUUACCUCCAAAUGAUUAUUUUAUAUAUAAUAAUUAUUUUAAUUUCCAAGGGAUUGGCUGUAAUAUGAAGA